AUGGCCGGGGCUGGGGCUGGGGUAGCGAUCGGGGUCGGGGAGGCGGCCAGGCCGGGCGUCCCGGGACCGGGGCUUAGACGGGCCCCGGCUGGGCGGCGGAAGGAGGCGGAGCCGGGGCUCGAAAGCGGCGAGGAGUCGCGGGGCGCUGGCCGCCUGGCGCGUCUACGCGGGCAGCUGCGGGCGCAGGCGGCCGGACCUGGGGGCGCGCGAGGAGGCGGCCGGGAAGAGCCGUCGGGGCCGCGGCUGGUGGAGCUGGUGGAGCGCGUUGGCGCGGCCGGACGCCCCGCACCCGGACCAGCUUCCCCUGGCUCCGCGUAUUCCGUGUGUUCCGUGUGCGGGGAGCCCCGCGGCGGCGCCACGCAGGCCUGGCGGGGCUGCGCGCAGAGCUCACCGCCGGCCUCGGGGCGUUACGAGCCGAGCUGGCUGCCGAGUUGGCCGCGCUGCGAGAAGCCCUGGGGCCGCCCGGCCCCGCAGCCGCAGGAGCCCCAGCAAGACGGGCCCGCAGGCCGCCGCCGGCCCCCCGCGGGACCCCGAAAAGACGCGCUCCUAGCCUCAGGCUCGGGCCCGACCCGCGGCCAGGCGCUGCUGAGGGCCAUUGGCACGGUCAAUGCGCUAACUGCUUCCACCUCCCCGAAAGCAAGCCUUGAGCCCCCUGGUCUCCGCAAGGACGCGCCGCCUGCCCCGGCCCUGGUCCCCACCCGCGGCCAGGCGCUGCUGCGAGCUAUCAACACGGUCAAUGCGUUGACUGCCUCCACCUCCCUGAAAGCAGGCCCCGAGCCCUCUGGUCCCCGCAAGGACGCGUCUGCAGUCCCGGCUCCGGCCCAAGCCCCCGCCCGAGGCCAGGCACUGCUGCGGGCUAUAGGCGCCGUCAACGCCUUGACGGCCGCCACGUCCCCCAAAGCAGGAGCCGAGCCUCCCGAAAAGAAAACUCCGAAGAGGUCGCUGGCGCCCCCUACCACUGGCCCACCGCCCGAAGGAGACUGAGGGGCUCCUGCCCUCAUCAGUAGACGUCAAGAACCUAGUUCCUGCUGAGACUGGAAGAGGAGGCAGGGCCUGAGAAAAUCAGGUGUGUCAGCCACAUACCAAGCAGCUGUGACUGGGGAAUGUCAGCCUCUGACCAGCCAGCACCUUGGAUUGUCUAGACCCUGGAACUCACUGGAGCCAGCACUGCCCAGAUUAUCAGCCUCUCACUGGCCAGCACUGCCCAGCUUCUUGGUCACACUGGGCACUGGUGCCUAGACCCUUA